AUGUUAAAUCAUUAAUUUUUCAAAUUGCUUAAGGAUAGUACUGCGGAUUAUCACUAUUAUUUGUGCAGAGGCUAUUUUUAACAAGUUAAUCUUUAAUCUUAUAUGAUUAAAUUAGAUAAAACAUUCAAUUUCUUACAAUGUAGUAACUUUCAUUAAAAUAGAUUUUCGAAGAAAUUAUCUAAAGCGAAUCCUGUCGUUAUUUUUAUUGGAACCUGAUGACAUAAUAAUAAUUGUUUGGAAUAUAUAUUUUUUGUUGAUUGUUACAAUAAAUGUGUUUUAUGUUUCAUUACGAUUAUCAUUCACAGAAAUUGUCGAAAUGAAUUGGGAUUUAAAAGAUUUCAUAUUUGAAUAAUUGCCAAGUUAUUCAUUCAUAUUAGAAAUAAUUAUAAAAUUUAAUACUUGCAUUUACAGUAAAGGUGUGCUCAUAAAAAACAGAAAGAGAUUAAUAAAGAGAUAUCUCAAGCGAGAAUUCCUUAUUGAUAUGCUUUUAAUCAUCCCAUUUUUUAUUGGAAGACAAUUAGAUUUUUUUUAUUUGGAUCUAGUAAUUUUACUGAAAAUGUUUUAGAUAUCCAAAUUAACUUACUCAUUAUUUAAUCGUUUAGAAUUGACAUAGUUAUAAACAACUCUUUUUGAGCUUAUCAAAUUAAUGUAUAAAAAUCAUUAAUAAAAAGUUUUUUUAUCUUGUUUUGUGCACAUUUUUCAGCUUGUAUUUGGCAUAAACUAGGAAUUUGGGGAAAUUGGGGUAAUGCAACUUCAGUAACCUGGCUUAAAUAAUAAUAACUUUAAGAUUCCUUGUGGAUUGAUAAAUAUAUAGUUUCUUUCUAUUGGAGUAUAGUUACGAUGACAACAAUUGGUUAUGGGGAUAUCACUCCUGUUAAUUUGACUGAGAGGCUAUUCUGUAUUAUAAUGACAUUAAUAUCAACUGCAACCUUUGCUUAUUCUGUCAAUAGUAUUGGAUAAAUAUUUCAAGAAAUGUCUAAACAAUAAACUUAAUUUAAAACAAAUAUGAAUAGCUUAAAUAAAUACCUAAAAAACUAAAAGGUAUCACCAACUUUGCAAAUCAAGUUCAGAAGAUAUUUUGAAUAUUUUUGGAGUAAACCUUCUUAAGAAAUAAUCCAAUUUCAAGAUCAGAUUCCUUAAUAAUUAAAGAAUUCGAUGAUUGUAGAGAUUAAUAUUAAAUUGUUAAAAUAAUUAGAUAUGUUUAAAUAGUUUAGUGGUUCCUUAUUGAAUACUCUUUGCCUGCAACUUUAAGAAUAACAUUUAUAAACAGAUGAAUAUCUAUUUAAGUCAAAUAAUAGAGCUGAUAAAUUAUAUAUUUUUGUAAAUGGUCAAAUUGAAUUAUAAGUUUUAAUCAAUAAUAAAAAAAGACUUAUUGAAAAAAUAAAAGCUCCUUGCUUGGUUGGUUAGUUGAAUUUUUUUCUUAAUACUGAAUAUAAUUUUGAGGCUAUUGCAACUAAAAACACAAAGAUAUUAACAAUAGAUCAAGAAUCUUUGAUUGCAAGUGUUAAAUAGAGUGAUAUUGAUUAUGUAUAAUAUUAUGUAACUAAAAGGAAAUUUAUAAAAACUUUGAAGAUGAUGUAAGACUAUUUAAUAAAUAUGAAAAAAUCUCGAUUCAAUGUUCAAUUUGUGGUAAAUCUAAUCAUUAAGUACUAUAUUGCCCAUUUUUUAGAGGAUGUAUAAGCAAAACAAAAGUUUUGUAUCAUCUAAGACACAAUGUACUAUAAUAUAGAUAGUUCUAAUUAAGAAACAAUGAAAAUAGAAGAAUAUCAACUAAAUAAUACCAAUUUCAUAUCAUGGAAAGUGUAUUACAAUAUAUAAUGAAGAACGAUGAACUAUGUAGUCUAGAAGGAAUCAAAAAAUGUAAAUAUUUGAGUUAAAUUAGAAUUCCAAGCAGUCAUGAAAUAGUAGUAAUAAUAUGAAGAAAAACUGUUUUAAACAUAAUCGAACCAAUUCACAAAUUAAGUAUCUCUAUCUUAAAAUAUGCCAAUAAAUUGUAAAUCAAAUUCUUCAUAACUCUAAAAUCAGAAUUUCUAAAAGAAUAAUUCCAUACUAUAAAACCUAGAGGUGCUUUCAGAAAAACAAAAUUAAUUUGGAGUUUUAAGCAAGUCUUAGGAUAUUAGAUUGAUCACAACUUUGAAUAAUUAAGAAAUUUAACCUAUAUUAGAAGAAUCGCAAAAGGAGGAAGGAAGAGAUGAUGGAAAUGAUAAUACAGUUAACAUCAGCCAAUAAUUUCCUUAUGUUAAUAAAUAAGAAAAUUCAAUCUUACCAUCAAAUGAGACAGGUGCCAAAGACCCAUAUUGGAUUAAAUAAAGAUGUGCAUAAAAGUGUCAUUCUAUGAAAUAGAAGUUUGAAAAACAAAGGACUGAAUAGGUUUAUUAGAAAAAUAAAUUGAAAUCUUUUAAGAGUUUGCAUUCUGAAAGAGAAGAUUAUAGCGAAAAAUUUUCUAAAUAACUUGGAUUUAAUAAAUUAUUCAUUGCAACAUAAAUACAGAAAAAAGAGACUUAAGAAUAACAGAUGAGAAAGAAUAGUUUAAAUGAUUACAUUUACUCAAUUGAAAAGGCAUAGGAAAAGAUAUAUAGAAGAGCAAAUAAAUUAGAGGAAUCACAUUUUGGCUUAGAAAAUUAAUUGAGUCAAUCUAUUAGAAAUAGCACCCCUAGACCUAAUAUUGAGAUUUCUUAGGCGAACGAAAACUAUGACUAAUAGUAAUCUUAAGAGAAAGAUUUGACAAAUUAGUUUCUUGAGGAAUAGAUGGGCAAAAAUAAAUUAAGAUUUGUUGAGAAGUAAAUAUCAUUUUAAGAAUCUAAAUAAAAUUAACUUCUCCACUUUCCAGAAUAAGAAUUCAAAGCAUUGGAAUAGAGUAUGAUAACUUAAUAUGAAAAACUUAAGUAAAAGGAAGAACAGCUAAAGCAAUAAUUUGAUAGACAAUAAACAAUAACAUCUCAUAAUAAGGAGAGUAAAGAGAGUAAUGACACAAAUAAAAUAAAAUAUAGAGGAGUAGGAAUUAAAAUAACUUCAGAUGAUUCAUCAGAUGAAGAUUAUGAUGGGCAAAAAUUAAUUAGAGGAUAAUAUCUUGAAAUUUUUAAAGGUUUUGAAUGUGUAAAGGAAUAUUAAGGAUAUUAUCCAAAUAAUAAUAUAUCUCAGAUUCUCCUUUAGGUAAUUUAAUUAUAAUUAUUAUUUUAGUUUUAUAAAAAUGAGUACAGAGAACAUAAUUUUAUGAAGAAGAGAAAUGUAAAAAAAGAUACAAUCAUGAAUCUACUCAAAUAAGCUUAACAUAUGAUUCGGAAAAGUUAAUAAUGA